CGCGCGGUUCUCAAACGCCAGGAAGUGAAAGGGCGAGAAAGACUUUGCCGUUUCUUGUCCAUAACACGGCGAAAACCCCAGUGAAAAUGACCAGUGAGAAGGCCGAUGUGAUCUAUCCAAGUCCGAAGAAGACAAAAUUUGAACAACUUCGAGCAGAUCACGAGUUAUUUCUUCAAGCUUUCGAAAAACCCACGCAAAUUUAUCGCUUUCUUCGAACGAGAAAUGCAGUCGCGCCCGUAUUUCUUCAUCGCACUUUGUCUUACAUGAAGCAUCGUCGAACUAGACCGGCAUCCACAAAAAAGCGGAAAAGUUUCAAGAUCAACGACAUGCUAGAGAAAGUUGAAAGUGAGAACAAUAGAUCAGAAACAGGAGAUCCUCUUGAAAAUAGUGGCUACAUGAAUCUCACAUUUACAGGAUUUUUCCAUGGAUCAGGACCGGUUAACGGUGACUUGUCAAACAACAAAAAGAGCGCGCUACUCGUGGAAGAUUUUAUCAAAGUGGAUGUACUUCUCGUCAAAAUCUGUCACAAGCGACGGAAGGAAAGUGAUCCACAAGUAGUGACAAAUCCUCUCGGCCAAGGCUCCGCGCCAUUCAACCCUCGCUCUCAGUUGUUACCAGUCUCUCCGUCAUCAAGUGUGUCCAUCCCUAACGGUACUUUUAGGGGUGGCAAGACGAGUCGAACAUGUAUUCUUAGUCUGCAAGUCAGCGUCCCGUACCGCGUAAAUAAUAAAAGCACCAAGAAAAGAGGGAAAAAGAAGAAGAACGCCGGGGAACCUCUCUCUGAUGCGGCAGAGGACGAAAACGGCGUCGACGACACUCUCACCCCAGAAGAGCCCCCCACAAAACGACGACGUGUGGGGCGGAGCUAUCCCGAGGGGGAGUGGGAAGAUGGUGAUGCAUCUGAUAAUUCAAGCUCUUGUGAGACUGCGCACACUGUGUACACCGCUGAACUUAUCGUGUUUGACAACAAUAAACACUGUUUAUUAACGGACGGUGAUUAUGAGCUAGCGCUGCACGAGAAGCACAAGAGACCAGGAAGAAAGAAGGGGAUACUGUCCAACAGGACCUCUUGGGAAAACGUGUUUGAGGGACAGAUGGGUCCUUUUGAGGUGUUCGCUUACGGCCCCACCUUAAAAUUCAAACUCUCUUGGUCGGGCACUCCACUGGCGCGGCCACCAAGGCGUCCCACGUCACUUCCGUUGCGAGCACCACUGACCAGUCAGGACUCGGCGUCAACGAAUGACGUGCGUACGCCAAGCGAAGAGGCCAAUGGAAACAGUGAGAGCCGGAAGAGACAGCGAGUAUUUUACCAGUUCAUUUACAACAACAACACACGCCAACAAACAGAGGCCAGAGAUGACUUUUUCUGUCCGUGGUGUUCUAUCGAUUGUCGAGGACUGUACAGUUUGUUGAAACAUCUGAAACUCUGCCACAGACGCUUCAUCUUUACUUACGCUCCUCACAGUAAAGGAGAGAGAAUCGACGUUAGUGUAAACGAAAACUACGAUGGAUCAUACGACGGUAAACCCGAAGACAUGAAUGAUAUUCUCGGUUAUGCGCUCAGUCGAGAGGGACCUUGCAGGAGAGUGCCUUCUACACAUGUUGUGGUCUGGAGACCCCAACGUCGAAGAGAAAGUCUGUCGGAAUUCUUGGAGCCUGAUGACGGAGAGUUUGACAGCAAUAGACCUUUUUAUAAUGGACAUCACAGGAUGUAUUUUCAUUCAGAGACAACGCUUCCCAUCAUAACAACUGAGAAGGACCAAGACAGUGAGGAUGAGACUAUUCCUGAAUGGAUGAGAGUCAAAACCAUCCAGUUAAUCGAUGAGUUUACUGACGUGAAUGACGGAGAAAAAGAGUUGAUGAAACUUUGGAAUCUUCAUUUGAUGAAAAACAGCUACAUUGCCGACUUCCAAGUGAUCGACGCUUGCCGUUCGUUUAUCGAUAAGAACAGCCAAAAGCUUAGAGAGAGGAAUUUGGAAAGAAAUUUUCUACUUCACCUGGUGAAUCUUCACGAUUUUAAUUUGAUCACAUCCAGUCAGAUUGAAGAAAUUAGUGGAAAACUGAGGGAUCACUGGAAAGAACCGACUUCAAGCAGCACAUGUUAGGAACAGUUUGCUUGUCUCUGUAAGACUUACAUUUAGACUCGGCAUAGAACCACAUCCGCCCCAAGGGCCCCUCGUCCUAUAUUAACUUAAGAGUUUCUACGUGUUAAGAGUUUUUUUUUUUUCGUGUUGUGAGCCAUCGGAAAUUAAGGUAACCUCCAAACAGAAGGUCAAAUUUUUUUCAUUACAUAAGCAUCGCAACGCCGAGGAACUUCCGUUCUAGAAUUGCCUAGGGGUGGGUGUUCAGAAGAAUGGUUGUGUCACGAUAACAUUUACUUGAGGCUCUCCCGUAAGUCUCUUUGAUAUUCUUAUGACUCUCUCAUUUUGUUGGCAGUUAAUUGUCAGUCAAUUUCUUGUAGUCCCUCCCUUUCUACUCCGUUGGCGAUGACCGUUCCCCUCCCCCCAGAAACUGUGAAUCCCUAAAAAUCCUUCUCUCUCCCUUCAUGCAAUAGAUAAUUACUGGUUCCGACCGUUUCUUUUUUUAUUAUUAUUAUUAAUUUUUUUUUUUUGCAUAGUACCCUCUAUUUCAAUCCUGAAAUUCACGGGAAGUUUUUAUUCUCUUAACUUUCUUGUUUGAGGUCGGAUCCGAUGGAUGAUUUUUCUUUUUUCGGAGAUAGGCGAGGGUAGCACGUCUUUUCUUCUUUGUUGGGGGGGGGGGGGGAUGUGGAGCGAAGAGACGAAAGGAAGUAAGUCUCUUCUGGCGACUUGUUCAUCGCGUAGAGGAAAAGUAGUCUGGGUCGGAAGGACUUGAUUUGUCGUAUGUAGUUAACUUUUAUAUAUAUGAAAUUUUUGGAGACAGUUGAACUAGUCGAGCUUUGCUCGUGGAUGACACUAACUUUCCGAUUUAGCGCACAAUUAAAUAGUCUUUGGCAAUCACCAUGUACAGAUACUAACAAAUUCACCACUUAUUUUUCUAUUUAUUAAAAUAUUAAAUGAUAUACAUACUUUUGGCUGAGAGAAAUUGCCUCUUUGCAGCCAAAUCUUGAAUGCGUAGAAAAAAUUCAGAGAAAAAUCGCAGGAUUACCUUGUAAA